AUGGCUAGGGCUGAAGUACCCUACAUCCGUACUUGGAAUACUAGUUUGUAUGAUAAUGUUACCCGCCGAUGGAUUAGUGGACAUCUACAUUUGUCACUGUAUGCAGUAGUGUUUGAAGCUGAUGACACGGCAUCCAAAAAUGCCAGCGAGAACACCCAUACUCUAAAAAUUGAAUUUUCAAAUAUAAGCAGCAUAAACAAAGCUCAAUCAUCUAUUAUAUUUACUGCAGUGACUGUCAUUACCAAUGAUGGAAACACAUACUGGUUUUCUUCACUUGAGAAUAGAAACUCAACAUUUUUGAUACUUCAGCAUUUCUAUCAAGCUUCACUGCAUCAUAAACCAGAAAAUGAUUUGUCUCGAUUAGGAUCAGCAACGGGUAUGGCUCAGAAGAGAACCAAAUUUGGUACAGCCCUUCUUCAGAGUGUCCAUGAUUCUAAAACUACUUUAGAGCAAGCAGCUUGGAACCUUGCAGACCAAGGUGAUCAGUUGAGAAAUGCUGCAGUCACAAUGGAAGAGCUUCAUGAGGAUUUACAAAUCUUACAACAUUUUAAAUGGUCAGAUAUCUCUCGAAUCAGAGUAAUUAGUCCCUGGGAAAUUCUUGUCACAAGGUUUCUGAUUGGUCAGCCAGAUUUCAGCUAUGACAUACUCUGUACUACCAUGCCUAAAGCAUUAAGGAAGCUAGAAAUGUUUGCCUCCAGAAAAAUUGAAUAUAUGAAUCCUGUAGAGACACACCAUCAGCGACACUUAGACAGUACCCUUGAGUUCCAGAUACAGCAACAAGAAAUUACGCAAGAUGAACUUAUUACAGACUCGGAAGUGUCGGAGCUGAGGGCUGCCUUGAGCAGUCUGAAAAACAUCGCUGAAGACAUUGAAAAAGAGCAGGAUCAACAGCUGGAAACAAUAGAUAACCUGACAGAGUCUGUGACUAGGGGCAGUCAUAGACUUCAAGCGAUGAAUAGUAAAAUUGGCAAACUGGCUAAAUGA